GGCACCGCGGCAAAUUUAAAGCCCGAGAUUUUUCGAUCCGAAGACCGAUCGAAGAAGGCGGAGGAGCCCUUCGUAUGUCCACCUCCGGCGAAGGCAAUAACUUCCCGGCAGAGCUGCCGUUGCCGCCGCUGGGGCCGACGUCCGACGCAGCCUCCGUCAAAGACUUCAAGAAGCGCGCUGCUGCCCCGUCGAGGUUCCUUUUCCAGCGUAACGGCUGCUGGACUGACUUCCCCCACCAGGUGUUCGACCAAUUGCGGCACGCUUUCCUCGCCGGAGAAACGUCGUGCCAAGUGCGUGUCGGCGGAGCCUCUUACUUCAUUGACUUCCUUCGGAUGGUCCAGGUCGAUGAAGAAUCCAGCGCCGCCAAUCCGAUCGCGUGGAUCGGCGUCGACGGUCGCUGCUUCUUCCCCGUUUCCUCUUACUCCGACUCCGGCAUGGAAGUUAAGCUCGACAAAAGUCUGUCGUCGUCGGAGGAGGACUCGUCGUCGACCACCGUCGGUUUGGGCCAGCCGAGGUGGCCGGGAACAGAGAGACUAGAAACUACAGACAGAGAUUACAAAGUCGUGGCGAACCUGUUCGCGGCCGGGAACGCAAUUAGCAUCACCGCCAUCCACAAGUGCUUCUAUUCGUCUCCGGUGAGGAAUUCCCGACUGAAGGCGUUUCAGAUGCAGGUGGAGGCGACGAGGGCCGCUCGAGGCCGCGCGAACGUAAAGCUCGGGUGGCUGCCGACGACUUUGAGCGACUUGGCCGUGAUCGUCUCCCAUGGCUUUGGGCGGACGAAUCACGAGCUCUUGGGCGGCGACGCUUGUGGCUUCGGCCUCCAUCUCUCCCCGCCUCAUUCUCCCCUGCGAAGCUGCGCGCUGUCGGAAGUCGACGGCAACGGGGAAGGCCACGUCGUGCUGUGUCGCGCAGUCAUGGGGAACAUGGAGGAGGUUGCAGCAGGAUCCCUCCGGUACCAUCCCAGCAGCAGCGAAGAGUUCGAUAGCGCCGCCGACGAUCUCGAGAGCCCAAACUGGUACGUCGUGUGGAGCACGCACAUGAACACUCACAUAAUUCCUGAAUACAUCGUCAGCUUCAGAUUCUCCAAGCAAUCUCAAGAUACAGCAGGUUCGAGGAGGAUGAUGAGGAGUUCUUCACCAAAGAGUGUUGAAAUCUCAACAAUGUCAUUCUCUAAGUUGUUUGCAGAAAUAGUGAAGUCUCUUCCACCCUCCAUGAAAAAAGCUCUGGAGAUCACUUAUAACCGGUACAAGGUCAAACGUUUCAGGGAGGAAAUUUGAGCAAGGAAGCGUUCAUCAGGUACCUGAGAAGCACUGUUGGAGAUAAGCUAUUGACUUCCAGUAUCAAGAGUGUUAGAGGCUACUGAGGAUUUGUGGAGCAAGAGCUGUGUGUGCUGUGUGCAUGGUUAGAACAGGAUUGUGUGCACUUCCUUUUUUGGUUUAACAUGAUUAAGAUAAUCAUGAAUUAAUGGAAAUGAAUCGAUAAAGGGAUUUUAUUAUUUCCACGGUCAUGAAGAGCCUAAACUUGUUACCAUUUCCAUCAAAUUGAAGUUAUUGUAAUCAUUUUCAGUUUGAACUACCUA